UUGCCAACCAAACGACACAACGAAAGCGAUGGCAAAGAGAGUGAAAAGCAGCCGGCCCAAGUCCAGUGCUGGCAAGCCAGGAGGUGACGAUGUGUCGUCAUCAGGCUCUGCAACCUUCUUUCCAAAGUGGACAGAAGCCGAUAUCCUGGCAGAACGCUGGAGCGCCGAUGCUGCCAAAGGCAAAGACAGAACAAAGUGGCCCUUUGAGGACCCCCUCGGCGUGACACCCAUGCCGCGAAGUCUGGAGGACGCUGUAUCACGCUGGCGACGCAUGAGCGGGCCAUCCACGGCGCACAUGGUGGCCCCGUCUCGCUUCCGUCCCGUUCCCGCCUUUCGCGUCCUCGCAAAGAGCGACCAGCUCUGGCUCAGAAAGAAGCGCAUGAAGUUUGUCGAACGCACAGAGGAGCCAUGGGUGUCGUUGUAUCACAAGAGCCAGCACAUCAUGGAAUCUCCGCUGAUGCGCGAGAUUAUCUCUGCUCUCAGUUUCCUACAGCGGCCGCCACAAGGCAGUGAGGCGCACACGGUUCGGCCGUGGCAUCUGGUGCACCCGCGGGGAAAGGACGGGCAGGCGGCGGCCAACACAACCGGGGGCAAAUACGCCGUCAAGCUCUUCUGGCUGGGCCACUGGCGCAAAGUGGUUGUUGACGAUGUUGUGCCGUUUGAUGCGGAGAACAGAAUUCUUCUUCCGCAGAGCACUGAGCCCGAGCUGUGGCCCAUCAUCGUCACAAAGGCCCUUCUCCGCAUCGCCUCCCUCUCAUUCGACCUCAGGCCGGGAACGCCCGAGGCUGGGCAGUUCAACGUGAUGGCUGCUCUCACGGGCUGGUAUCCCGUUGUCUACAGGCUCCUUCCAUCAAUGACGGAGCAAUCGCGUGCGGCGAUGAUUGCACGUGUCAAUGCACUGUGCACGUACAGUCGCCUGACACAAGAUAAGGAGGACCUUGUCCAGGACCCCAGGCCCCAAUGGCCGGAUGUUGGGCCCGAGGAGAAGCGGCGUGGCAGCGGACGCCGGUCCGCAGCGCGAUCAGCAGCAUCAUCACGAGCUGCAAGCGGGAGGGCGAGCAUCGUUGAGCCUGCCCCCGAUGCGCAUCCGGAACAGCUUGAAAACUGGUUUGUGACCGCCAGUGUCAACCGCGACAAAAACACAAACAGCGACGCCGGCCUUGACCCCUCUCGCUCGCACGAAGUUCGCAUUCUCGCGUGCCACGCCGUGCUGCUGCCGGGAGAGGACGAGUGCAGAUACAUCUUCGAGCUCACGUCCCCCAUCGCUUGGUCAACAGGCUCUCUUGGGUUUGAAGACGAUGUGGAGGGAGAAGAGGAUGACGACAGCAGCAGCGACCGUGGCGAUGGCGCGAACACGGAAACGAAAGGCGGAGACGCACAGGACGGCGAUGUGCAGUCCAUCACCUCAGCCUCUGAAUUGGAGACAGAGCGACCAGACGACCCGAAAGGAUGGACGAAACCGCUGUGCAUUGCCCUCGGCGUCAGCCUCGACCGCCUGCGCACUGAGGAGCGCGAGCUCAAGAAAAUGCACGCGGCAGGAAAGCCAACGCCGCAUUUUCGCUUCUUCAUGACCAGCGAGGAGUUCUUCCGCACAUUCAGUUCCGUCCGCGUGUACCACAAGAGCCACCGGUACAGCCAUCAUGUUGUGCUGCAGCGCGUGCGCGGUCAGGGCGUGUCCUUACAGCAGCGGACUGGUGACGAGGAACCAGCACCCGUCACAGACUAUGACGCCAUGGAGUUGCGGAAUCACGAGCGCUGGUUCCUGCAUGUCGACUCGACAGAGCCGUCCCUCCUCCUCCUCAACCUCGCCAUCGGCCCGCCAGUCCCGCCCGCCUCAAACGUCACUCCUCCCUCCCGCGCGCCGCUGCGGAGUGCAACUGCCCUUGAAAUAGUUCCCGAAGAGCCAGGCCCAGACCGCGACGUGUCGCCAAAGGGGGCGCGGUCGCGUGUAAACUCGCGUGUUAAUACAAUGACGGGCGCUGACGUUGCAUCACUGGCAUCACGCACGGGCACGCUUUCAUCGCGCUCGCUGGAGCUGCCCCCGUUCCCAAGCUCGCGCCCAUCAUCCGCACUCGAUCUCACACCAGCACACAUGUCAGCAACAACAACGGGGCCCCAGGAGGGAUGUGUGCUCAUGCACCACCACAAGUGGGACGCUGUCACGUACGACACCGAUCCUGUGGUGUAUCUGCGCACGUCUUCGUCCCUCUCCGCCUUCUGCAAAUUGCCCGCCGGCCGCCACAUCCUCGCCGUCACCAUCCAACACCCGUUUGCAUGCAGUCUCUCUAUCCUCGCACACAAGCCCGUUGUGCUUGGAACGGCGUCAGCUGUGCUCCCUCGCCUUGCCCAGCCGAGCUGCACUAUGCAGGCGUACGUCACUGCUGUCGAACAGAUUGUGGAGACGACGCUCAAAUCACCAGAGCUGGCUGACGCAAAGCAGGCUGCUUCGAAUUGCGUCAAGAAACUCCACCGCCACUUUGGGUUUUAUCCCGCCGAGCUCUGGGAACCAUUUUCCAAGUGCAUUCAAAGCGCCAUUGAAAUGCAAAACGUAGACGUAUGGCAAAAGCGUGAACAAGCUGUGCGGGAUGUGGUUGCACUGCUUGGCAAGUGGAUUGAGAGCGUGGCUCUGCCCAAGUCAUCGGCGCCAAAAGGCCUUGCACCACCAGCGCUGCUUGUGCAAGAGUACAGUCAUCCAAACCUACUUGCAAACGUCUCCGUGCGGGCUGAUGGGUCUGUUCGCCUCACCAAAGCCGACGGCGGUGAAGGUGCAGCACACACGCUGCCCGUGUUUGGCGCGGGCCUGCAGGCUGACGUUGCUCGCCCGCAGGCGCAGACGGCUGAUGGCACCGGCCGUGAUGGCGACAGCAAGGAAAGUGACAAUCACAGCAACGACAAGAACAAGGGUGGCGAGGUGGCAACCCAAGGUGCCAACGGCAGUGGCGACAACAGCACAGGAUCGCUCACACCUGACAACGGCUCCGAGGGGGACAACAAGCAAGCACACAACACAGCAGGGAAUGCUGUGCAGCAGGAGGGUGAAGGCACGGCCACAUCGUCAUCACGGCCAACCAGCUCGUCUCCACACAGCAUCAACGUCACUGUUUCACAUACCGAGGGCAACAACAACAACAACAACGGCAAGCCCGCCAACGCCACAAAACGCAGCAAUAGCAACAGCCGACCAAACACACGCACGAGCACACGCAGCCGGGGUCGUGACUCGACAGCGACGACGGGCACCAACAGCGGCGGGCAGCCCGAUUUCGCAGCGCAGCAGUUUUCGGAGGAGGACGAGAAGCUCAGGGAGCAAGCCGCCGUGCAGAUCCAGGCGGUGAUGCGAGGAUUUCUCACGCGAAAGCGCCUGCAGGAGGAGAGGACACAAAAGGAGAUCAGCACGCUGCAGCAGGGCGCGGCGGUGUGGGAUGCCCUUGCCACUCGCCAACAGAGUGAAAGCGUCAUGAUUGAGGCUGCCAAGAUGUUCAUGUCUGAUGAGAAAUGCCCCGCCAUUCUCUCCGCGCACCCGUUUGCCGCCGACGCGGCCAUGAACCUCAACGUCCUGCUGGCGACUGGUGACGGCGAACUGUCGCAGAAUCAGCACCUCGAAUUCCUCUUCCAAAAGCGCAUUACUGUGGAGAGCGCGUGCUAUGUUCGGUUCACGCUGCUGGUUGACACGGAGGGUCCUGAGGUGCCACCGCACCACCUCGACUCGCCGCUGCCCGUGUCCGCAGGACUGCGCAUUCUCGAUUGCGCAACGGGGCGCCUGUUACCCUUUGCUGGCGAGCAAACGCUGCCUGUGGAGCUGCAGCCAACGCAGCAAGGAUACAAGUUGCUUGGCUGGUGUGCCUCCGCAUCUUACAACGGGCCCGUGCACUGGAAGCUCCGUGUCACGUCCAAGGAUACACUGCCACAAGACUUAAUUGCCGACUUGCGCCCACCGACUUUUGAUGACGAGCACACGUCCCCCAUUAUGCGCGAUCGACGCCAAUACCCGUUGCUGCUGCAAGUGCAUAGCAAAGCACAACCCGUGCACAUCUGCGCUUCAUUGGACAAUUCCAACGAGGGCACGCUGCUUCUUGCUGUCAAGUGCGAUGGGCGGCAGCUCUUCAAGCAAACCGUGAAGCACCGUGCAUUCUUUCCACUGGUGCUGCCGCCUCUUGCUGCUGAUGACUUUGACGAGGACGAUGACUCUUCCCAGCCCGAGCCCUCAGAGCCAGAGCCAAAGGGGAAGUCAAAGAGCGCCAAGAAGAAGCGAACAGCGAGCAACGCUCGCCCUGACACGCGCGCCGUGCAACAGUCUGUGCCCAAGCGCACGCUCGAGAUUUCCUGUCAGCUGCUGGAUGUGCCUGAGGACUUUGGGGAGGAGCCAUUGCCGCCCUCCGGUACACAGCGUCGCAGCAAGAGCGCAAGCAUGAAGCGCACAGUGUCUGGUCCAGCCAUCACCAUCAAGGCCACAUGCAUGAGCAAGAUUGAGUUCUCCGAAGACACGCGCGAGCAAGACGAGUUGAAGCAGAUUAUGCUUGGCUGGGAAGCAGCAGACCCCGGGCGACGCGAAAAGGCGCAGACUGUGCGCGCUGAGCGGCAAUCGACGGUGAACCCAGAGGAGGCGAAACGUGUCGUGCCGGCGCCGGCAGAACAGCGGCUGCAGCUCCUUGAUGAAGAACUCAUGACAAAGCGUGAACGGGAGAAGCAGAGGAAGGUGAGGGAAUUCAGGGAGCAGCGACAGGCUGUGGCUGAACGAAGAGAAAAGGAGGCGGCAGAGAGGGAUGUGAUCAAGACGCGCACCAUCAACCAAGCAACAGACAGGCGUAAACAGAACCAGCAGCUGCGAGAUACGGCCGGCAAACUCAGACAGAUGUACCGGCAGCGAGUGCUUGACAAGUUGGAAGCGGAACGAAAGGCUGAGGAGGAGCGGCUGCGUCUCGAGCGCGAAGCGCAAGAGGCCGAAGCGGCUGCACGCGCGUCCAGCAAGAAGAAGAAAGGGAAGAAGUGAACACCGCUGGAAAGCGAAUGUUGUCUUGUCCGUUUGUCGUGCAUGUUUGUCGCACUUGCGGCAUGCUUUCGUUGUGUGGUGUACAAAGCCAUGGUGUCUGCGUAGCAAUACACGCUCGCUCCUUCAUGUGGGCAUACUGUGUGCCAAUCUCUGUUGGGUCGUUUCACGUUGUUAUUCAUCAGUCACAACACUUCAUCAAAUCCUUCAAAGCGACAUGGGCAGUGAACAAGUGGACGCAUCAAGGCAGCUCUAAACAUAACAAAAAGCAAAGGGUCGC